AUGGUUUUCUUGUGCUGGGCUCGGCCAUCUCCUCAAGAACAGAAGGCGUGCAUCGACAAGUCUGGUGACUUCAACUAUGACAGUAAAUACAGAGGAGCUUCAGCUAAGCCCCUGUCUUCUCUUCAAGAGGAUAGGGAGCUCUCAAAAGAUGGUUUCUCGGUAAACCACGCUCGCAAUUUGGUGGGUUCAGGUCUUGAGACUUAUGAAAAGGGCAAGAUUGCUCUGCAAAGUUGGAGGCAUUUUGGUUUGAAUUGGGCAUUUGUUGACCCCAAGGUUCCAAUUCGAAGUGGGGUGAAGUUCUGUGUUUGUGUGAAGGAAUUUUUCCCAUGGCUCAUGAUGCCUCUGCAGGUAGUUUACGUUAAUGAGAACAGAAACGCUAACAAGGCUAUGGCUUCGUUCAGUUUCGGUGGUGGUACCCUUCAGGGACACCUACUGUUUGCUUUCUGUGUAAAUGGUGUAUCUGAGAAUAUUUGGGAUUAUGAUCUUGGUUUCGAUAUUGAUGUUGUACCAUCAAUUGAAGUUUGGAUGGUCUAG